AUGGCCACCCCCAAUGUCCUUACUUUUGACGCUGAGGGGAGGGCCAUUGACUUUGCCGUCUGGAUUGAAGACCUGCAGCUGUACUUACUAUGUGAUGCGAUAGAUGAGGUCUCUCUCUUUGACUUUGUCUCUGGCGCUGUCCCUGCCCCACCUGCUGAUGCUGACUCUGCCGUUCGCUCCAAGUGGGCGACCCGCGAUGCUGCUGCACGUCUUGCUGUGCGUCGCCACCUCCCUUCCUCUGAGCGUGCCCACUUUAGUCAGUGCAAGACCGCUCAGGCCUUGUACGACGCUGUAGUUGCACGCUACUCCUCCCCUUCCUCCGCUACCCUUAGCCGCCUCAUGCUACCGUUUCUCUUCCCUGACCUCGCCUCCUUUCCCACUGUUGCUGACCUCGUUACCCACCUCCGUGCUAGUGACACCCGCUACCGCGCUGCCCUUCCUGCUGAGUUCCGCGCUGCGAACCCUCCUCCCAUGUACAUCACUCUCUACUUUCUCGUCACCCGUCUCCCUGAGUCCCUUCGUGCCGUUAGGGACCAGUUUCUCUCUGUCUGUCCCACCACUCUCACUGUCGAUCUCCUUGAGGAGUCCCUGCUAGCGGCUGAGAAGAGUAUUGUCGCUGUAGGGGCCUCUCGGGGUGACCCUCGCACCCCCAUCUUUGAGGGGUGUGGUCCUUCCCCCCUGCUGCCCUCUGUCGCCUCUGCCGCUGCGGCCGACCUCACUGGUUUUGAGUCGGUCGGCGCGGCGUCUGCCCCCAGCGGCAGACGCCGCUCUGGCAAGGGCAAAGGGGGCAAGGGAGCGGGUGGAACUAGAGGGGGCCGUGGAGGAGGCGGUGGGGGUGGCGGGGGGAGUGGGGGUGGCGGUGGGGUGGUGGCGGGAGUGGAGGUACUGGUGGCGGCGGUGGAGGCGGAGGUGGCGGUGGAGGUUGUAGCGGAGGAGGCGGUGGGAGCGGUGGGAGCGACGGUCCUGGUGGGGGAGGUGGCGGUGGAGACGGGGGUGGCGGUGGAGGCGGGGGUGGCGGUGGAGGCGGGGGUCGGAGUGGCUCGUCCCAGCGGAGAAGCUCUGGGGGUGGUCAGCGCCAGCAGCAGCAGCAGCAGCAGCAGCCGCAGCAGCAGCCACAGCAGCAGCAGCGCUCUCGCACCGUGA